UGGUCCACGUCAUUUGUGAAAUUAUGAAUUUUAUCUGUCUUCCCAAUAACAUAACAUGAAAACAAUUAUUUAAUAUCCUCAGUUUUGUACAAACUUGUUUACAGUGUAAAUGGAAACCGUACGGAAUAGAAAAGCUAAAAUUAAAAUAAAGUGUAAUGAUGUUUUCUCAGAAGAAAAACUAGAAGAUGAAGUUCAUAAUAAGGUUGAUAAACAGUUUGAAAAUAAUCACAGAAUAAUAUAUACACAGAAAAAUAAAUCUCAUAAUGAGUUAAUAAUGCUUUAUGAUGAGAGAAAAAAACUUUUUCGACUUAAUCUUGAGAUAGAUUUCUUGUCAAUUUUACUGUUUGUUACUGCAAUAUUGACUAGAAUGUACAAAUUGGAAGAACCGAAAAAUAUUGUAUUUGAUGAGCUUCAUUAUGGAAAAUAUGUAUCACUGUACAUGAAGAACACAUUUUUCUUUGAUUCACAUCCACCACUUGGCAAACAACUUAUUGCAGCUGUGGCAUAUCUAGCAGGUUAUGAUGGAAAUUUCAAAUUUGAUAAAAUAGGAAGUCCAUACGGCCCAAGUGUUCCAUUGUUCGCCCUUCGAUUUAUUCCCGCAUUUUUUGGGAGUUUAAUUAUUCCAACUGUUUAUCAUUUGAUGUUGGAAAUAGGCUUAACACAGUGGACAUCACUGUUGGCAGCUUUAUUGUUUUUGUUUGAUAAUUCCUUUUUAACCCAAAGUAGAUUUAUUUUGAUGGAGUCGAUACUAUUAUUCUUUGCAUUAUUUGGUAUUUUAUGCAUAUUAAAAUUUCAGAAAAAUUCUGAGAAGCCCUAUGGUGUUUUCUGGUGUUUAUGGAUGAGUUUAGCUACAGCUUCCUUAACUUGUGCAUUGUGUAUUAAAUAUUCUGGUUUUUAUUCAUGUUGUUUAGGUGCAGCUAUUUUAUUGAGGAAUUUUUGGAAAUUGUUAGAAUCAACAAAAUUAUCUGAUAUAUCCUUAAUCAUAAGAUUUUUCACACAAUUAAUUAUUACUACACUAAUAGCAGUAACAGUGUAUCUAGGAAUAUUUUAUGUUCAUUUAAAUGUUUUAUACAAGGCUGGACCACAUGAUAGUAUUAUGACAAGUGCUUUCCAAGCUUCGUUAGAAGGUGGAUUGGCAAGUAUUACAAAAGGACAACCGCUGUUAGUAUCACAUGGUUCACAGAUAACUCUGCGGCAUACACAUGGAAGAACAUGUUGGCUUCAUUCGCAUAAUGCUGUUUAUCCGAUUCGUUAUCCAGAUAAGAGGGGUUCUAGUCAUCAGCAGCAGGUCACCUGUUACUCUUUCAAAGAUGUAAAUAAUUGGUGGAUCGUUAAGAGACCUGAUAAAAGUGACCUGGUUGUAGAGCAACCUAUUGAUGCUAUUAAACACGGUGAUAUAAUACAACUGGUUCACGGUAUCACAAGUAGGGCUCUUAACUCACAUGAUGUGGCUGCGCCAAUGUCUCCACAAUGCCAAGAAGUUUCGUGUUACAUCGACUACAACAUAUCCAUGUCAGCUCACAACAUGUGGAAAGUCGAGAUUAUUAAUCGAGAACAGAACGGCGACACUUGGCAUACCAUUCAGUCCCUAGUUAGACUUAUCCAUGUGGACACAAACACAGCUUUAAAAUUCACUGGUCGACAGCUACCUGACUGGGGUUUCCACCAACACGAGGUGGCAGCUGAUCGUAUAAUUAAUCAGGAUGAUACGGUGUGGAAUGUCGAAGAACAUAGAUAUACUAAAUCUGAUGAUCAGAGAGAGCGUGAAAGAGACUUAGUUACUGCUGAAAUGAUUCCCACUGCACCUACCAAAUUGUCAUUUUGGCAGAAGUUUUUCGAGCUCCAUUACAAGAUGAUGUUUGUUAGCACAGACAGUGUGCAAAAUCACAUGUAUAGUUCGGAACCUUUUGAGUGGCCUCUUAUGUCUCGAGGGAUAGCUUAUUGGGUAUCUUCUUCUAGCAACGCUCAGAUCCACUUGUUAGGUAACAUCAUAAUAUGGUAUUCAGCAACUAUAUGUCUGUUUGUAUAUAGCUGUUUAUUAAUAUUUUACUUAUUAAGGCGGAGAAGAUUAUGCUACGAUUUGGAUGAGAAAACCUGGAUUCAAUUCCAAGUGAUAGGUGAGGUAUUUCUAUUAGGUUAUCUGUUCCAUUAUCUUCCUUAUUUUUUUACUGAACGAACACUGUUCCUACACCACUAUUUACCUGCCUUUGCGUUUAAAAUUCUUCUCUUGGCAGCAACGUUAGAACAUAUAUACGUAGUGCUGAAUGGGGUAUUGAAAGUUAAGUCUGCAGCGUAUGUAUUUAUUCUUAUGUUGCUUCUUUGGUUAGGUGCAAUCAUUUUCGUAUUCAAUAAAUUUAGUGUCUUGAGCUACGGCACAACUGCUUUGAGUACAAACGAUGUUCUCAGUUUAAGGUGGAAGGACACCUGGGAUUUUAUUGUCCACAAAAAUUAAGACAUUUUUACCAAAUUGUAUGAAAUUAUUAAUUUUGUAGCUAAUCAUAUUUACAUUAUAUUAAACUGGGGGGGGGGAAAGAAUCUAUUUUUAACCAUUUGAAAGGACUGACGUUAAGUAUUCUCAUUUAUGUUCUAAUCUUAUAUGUGUAAAACUGUAACUGUAUAUAUUGUGUUAAUGCUCUUAUAGUUCGUAAAAAAUAUGUUUAUUAUCGUCAUUCCAUAUUUUUUGUGAAAUAUUCACAACUUGAAAUUAUUAGAAUCUCUUAUAUAUUUUUUGUUUAUAAUGCGAUUUGUUGUCGAAUAUAUAGAAGGGCAGUUUAAAUUUAUUUUUGGUGUGUUAAUUUUUUAAAUAUUUUUAAUAUAUUUUUUGUUAACAAUUUGCAAAUUUUUAAUAAGAUUAAAAUAUAUGUAGAUUACGUGUUCUACAUAAAGAUGAGGAUAGAACUUAAGGGUACAUUCUAGAGAGGAAUGACUUGCCUGUAUGUUUGUUACUUAGUUUUCAAGAUAAUAGCCAUCAAUCGAUCUUUUUUCAAAGAUUAUUAAUUUUUUCCUGUCCUGUCCUGCAACAAUAAUUAAGGAUUAAUAAAAUUUUGCAAUUUAAUGAAGUUUUUAAAAAAUCAUUUGCACACACAAAUUCUCAGAGGUGAAGUUUGACGACACCCUUAAAUGGUUCAAAACCAGACAUUUUUUCUUAAAUUAAAAAAUAUUAACAAGAAACAUUAAUGUCAAAGAUUUUUGAAAAACUUUAGAAAGAAAAAAUUUACUUCUAUCAGCUAUGUCGAAAAAUAAGCAACACUGCAUAGGUAAGGGGCUGAAAUAAUUUUUGUGCCCAUCUUUAUGUUAUAUGUAUAUUACAAUUUUGUUGAUUCGCAAUAUUAUAUUGGUCAUACAUUAUAAACUAUUCAUGUUUGAAAAAAAAAGCAAAUAUUGAUUUUGAAAAUGCCAAAUAUUGAUUUUUUGAGAUUACAUACAAAAAUAAGAUUUUGACUUCGGAAAAAUUAGCAGAUCGGGUAACUUUUGAGGACACACUUGUGAGGGUGUUAGGAACAACAUAUAAAAAGUUACCAACCAUACAGUGUGUGCUUGAUUAUUUAUUCAAACAAUUAGUUGCAAAAUUCCAUUGUUUAUUGUAUAUCGUUCCUCUUAUCAUGUAGGGACGUAUAAUCCAACAAAUGGAUAUACACAUAUGCCCCUACAUGAUAAUAGGGACGAUAUCUUAACAAAUUCAAUUAAAAAAAAACUAAUUGCGCCAAUUGAAAGAACGGGAAAUUUUACAUGAAAAAUGUAUAUAGUAAUUUUCUAAAAUGAAAACUGUAGGUUGUAGAAUUUUUUUUAAAUCAUAGUAAAAUGUAGUGUCGGCACUUGAGCACAGGACUCGAGGAGCGCACGGCCUCGCGCUCUAUCCACUAAAUUUGUUAUAAUUUUUUAUCUAUUUGAUCACAUUAAGUCCACAAAAAUUUAAAUGAAAGAGGAAUCUUGUAGCUAACAAGUUAUCAUGAUUUUAAAAUCGAAAAAAAUAUUUACAGGAAUAGUGUGUAAAUAAAGUUACGUAACGGUAGAAUUUUCUACAAAAUUAAUUAGAUCUGCCAUUUGUUCAUUUUUAAGAUAAAAAUUUAAAACUUUCAGAGA